CAUGAACACGGUCGAAUCAGUCGAGGUUCCGGUUAAUGGAGUAGUUUACCAUUAUACCAGAAGAGAUGGUAAACUGCAGAAGAUCAAGAGCUGGGCAUAUGUCGUUGAGGACAGUUUGUUAAUAUUUCCUGACGCUUAUGAUUCAAGUACAUGUUGCAAGGUUUAUCUUGGCCAGGCCAAAGUAGACGUUUACUACGAAAACGAUGAUGAUCCUUGGAUAGCUAUUACGGAUAGUAACGACGACGUGUUUUUUAUACAACCAGAGUUGCUCUUUGAGUUUUACAACUGGCUUACCUCCAUUCGACAUGCUUCAAGGUACUUUCGUGGAUCUGCACGCUUAACCAGCGUUGACCACGGCGAUUUCACUGCGAAUUCGUCUAAAACAGCUUUGCCUGACUCUGUGCGAUUGCUUACCCCGAAGACAAAAACCGAAAGUUUGUCACGGUUCCUUUUUUCUGCUCCAAGGAAUGAGCCAGCUGAGAUGUCCGGUGGUCUUGUUGGAAGCCGUAGUUCAGAAGAGAUUCGUGCAAUAUCCUCUCAAUCAGUUCAGCUUGAUGAAGUGGAUCGUCCACCGGCCGUUCCAAAACGUAUCAGUCGUCCAUGGGAUAGACAACCUGAGCGAGUCCAGGAGCCACCGAACGUGACUCGCACAAAAUCUUCCCAACCGUACCGAUACGGCCAAAAUAGCCCGCGCUUCAACGGAAAUAUGCGAAGCUCUGUGGUUCACACUGACAGCAGAGACAGUGAAGUACAGCCGCCUAUACCACCCAGACGAUCCGCCCCAUUGCAUACUGUAAAGGAGCAUCCAGCUUUGAGAGACGACGAGGUUUUGGUCACGAAACCGCUUGCUGAUCUGCGUUCUCGAUAUCCUGUGAGUGGAUUGGCCAAGCGGAUGAGCAUAUCGGCCUCGGAUCUUUUAGGCAAGUCGAGAGAUGAGCUGAUACUUUUGCUACUUCAACUCAACCGAGAGAAGGCUAAUCUUCAACGGUGGCACGAUUACUUCAUGCAGCAAAUGGAAUUCAUUCGGAUGGAGGGAAAUGACACGAAUGUCCAACAAAAGUUGGCAUCAAUUCAGAUGGAACUAGAGGAUGUUUCUGGGCAACUGAGUUUAUCGGAACCGUUGGUCAAAUUCCUCAGAAACAUGUUACGCAUGGCGGAUUUGUAUGGGGGUGAUGAUGUAAUGUUUGCCAGCGAGUAUCGCAAGCACUUAUUAUCCGAACGUGAGGUCGUGCCACCAAAACCAAGCCUGGAUUUCGCUCGGGAAGUGGAGACGCGCGAAGUGGCCCAGGUUUUGAAUGAAAGGAGGCGAGAGCGAUCAAACACCGGAGCAUCCACAAGCCCAAAUGCCUUUUCGGAUAGAACGGGAGCAUUGGCAAGUUGGAUCGCGCAGCCAGAAGCCUCCGGUUUAGCUGCUUCCUCUAGGAUUCCCACGCCAGUAUCUACGCAUUGGCCAGAGACAGCUAACAAUCUUCGCAGACGAGCAAGGUUAGAAGCGGAACUGGCCAGUUUGGAGGCGUUAUGUGAAUCACAUCAAUCUAUCCACAAAGAGCUUCGGGAUACACAAAAAAGUUUAACUAAUCUGGAGAGCCGCGCCUUAAUGGAUUGCAAAGGGCCACAACCACGUAAUUUGGGACCAUCAGCAGCUUUGUUAAGACGGUUGAAAAGUGGGGAAAGCGCAUUCAGCCGUCGCUUUUCAAUGGAUGAAUCAGAAGCAGCUAACGGUUACUCACCUUACAAUGAGAGUAGCCUGCGUAACAGCAGAAAACGGGGCAGCGCAUCCAGUAUGCAGAGUGCCCGGGGUUCGAUUGACCGUCCAAGGUCAUGCUAUUCGUCUGCGGAUGCCAACUGGCCCACUUACUUUUCUGGAAGUUCAUCAACCCGACAAAAUCCAACAAUGACACACUUUCGAAGUAUACCAGAUCAUCUAAAUCUCCUAUCUAUGGACGUGCGAUCGUCAUGUCCAGAAAGACUUUGGGAUGAUUGCUGGUUGGGGACCACUGACAUCCGGACUUCUUUCAAUCCGAUCAGGGAUCGCCCUCGUACAUUCACACCAGUUCGACCGCAACCACAAAGACCGAUUAAUCGGUCAACGGAGCUUAUAGACAGACAGUCGGUCGACGUUACCAAUUUCACAAGAGGGACGGAUUCUCCUCUUUACAGGGAUCCAAGACGAAAGAGAGGAUCAAGUCCGGCUUGCCCUGGACGUCACUCAACGGCUGAAUUGGAUUACGCCCAAACACCUAAGGUG